CAACAGUAAUUCCAGAUACUUUAAUUUUGAAAGAACAAAAGUGUUAGUUGUAAAAUAGGUAAAGCAGGAUAUAAAAAACUUAUUACUUUUGUAAGUGGAGAGAAUUAAUUGGCAGAAAAUAAAUGCACAAGAAUUUCUUCAAGGAAGAAUUUUAAUUUUUGUGAAGUAUUGAUUUCUGUGAAGUGUUCCUGGAAAGAACAGCAUAUCAGAGAUAUAGGAAAUGAUAAAGAUACAUACAUAAGACAGUUGGCCUCAUUCACAUCUUAUAAAACCAAGAUGAAGUGUUGCACCAAGCCUAGAUCAGCAGCAGUCUACCGUCAGGCAUUUGGGAAAAUGAGUCUGUCAUUGGUGGCUGUGUUUGUGCUAGCAGCAAUAUUGCAGCCAACCAGUGCAUUCCUUCCAACCAGUCUUAACUACUCUGAUCCAAAGUUGGAAGCCCUUUUCUGCCCAGAGCAGAUGACUGGAAUUACUUGGGACCAUAAGGCCAUCACGAGGGAGGCACUGAGACGGGAAGUCCGCCGCUUUCUCCUGGAGACUGUCUCAACCACCAAUCAAACAUUAACAAUUCCUGAGGAUGCCUCUCUUGUUGAGAUCUUCAGUGCAUAUUAUGGUCCCAAUGCAUCGCCUGUCCGCUUCAUCAAGGCUGUGAACAGUAUAACUUGGAGUAAUGCCAUGACUGAAGCUGCAGGACACUUAAGAUUCCAAACAGCUUACCACAUGGAUGGGGAGAGUCUGUUGGAGGGCCACAUGCUCCUUCAGGGACGUUACCAUGAGCUUGUGAGCACCAUUAGUGUGGAUGAAGCCUACACCUUUGCUAGGCAACUCUUGGGCACAUCUCUAAAUAGCAUUCAGGACUUUUAUUCUCAAACAACUUGGGUGGAACUGGGACGGGAUGGAGUCCUGGAGGGGUUGGGGUUGCCAGGGUCUGACCUGGGGGAGGUAGCAGGCCCAAGUGACCCCACAUGUACAGACUGUGCCUCUACAACAGGAGAAUGCAGGGACAAUGUGAUUCCAGGAAGUCUGCUGUCAAGUGGCUACUAUGAAUAUGAUACAUUUGGUGCUGCAGAAUUUAUUGUUCGCAAGCCAAAAGAUGCUGGCAAAUGUAGCCAUGGAAGUGUAAUGGACUCCUCUGUGACCAAGGCAGCUACAGGAGGCAUCAACAAAGAAACUUCCUCACCCUGUUUUUCUCCCCACCAUCACCUCCACCAGCAGGCUGUGGAAGCUGCUAUUUCAGCCAGUGAGUUGUAUCUGGCUCAUCUACGAGACUCUGUUGGUGAUGAACACUUCCGGAAUCUGUUGGACCUCUACCCGGGAUCAGCGCUUUCCAUCAUCAUUGACACCACAGGCUCCAUGACGUAUGAGAUCGCAGCAGUGAAGGAACAGUCGCGGCUCAUUGUGGAAAAAACUCAUCCUGAGCUUUACAUCUUGGUGCCUUAUGCUGACCCAAGUUAUGGGCCAGUCACAGAAACCUCAAACUCUGAAGAGUUUCUAGAGGAGCUAGACAAGCUUGAGGCAUUUGGAGGAUGCUGUUGUUUGGAGGAAAAGUUUUGGCAUGGGCUUCAGUUGGCUCUUGCUUACACUCCAGAUUACUCCAAUAUAUACUGCUUCACAGAUGCAGGGGCCAAUGAUGCUGAACUGAUGGAGAGUGUCCUUGCUGUGGCAAUAUCAAAGCAUUGUAAAGUGACAAUAAUCCAUAGCAACAAUGAGAGAAGCAAAGCCAGUGAUUGUGUUGGAUAUGAAGUUUCAGGAGUGGAGGAGUACAAGCAGCUGGCAAUUCUUACAGGAGGAACUUUUGUUGAAAUUGACAAGUUUGAUGUGGAUGAUGUUUUGGGCAUCAUGAAUGAAGGAGUUCAGGAAAAUGAAGUAACGCUUCGUGUGCUGGACAAAGUAGUGGGAAGACAUAACCUCAGUUUUCCCGUGGAUGACUCCAUCAGUUUGUUUGGAGUGGUCCUUAGUGGAAAUCUUCAGCAUGCCGUCCUCAGCCAUUCUGCAGGUGUUGCAUAUGACCUAAUGGACCACGAGAUGCUGGAGGGAAGUGAGCGGGUGGAGGUGGUUUCUUUCACAACUUCCUUUAAGUCAAUCAGAUUCAUCAACCAGUCUGUAGGUGAAUGGACUCUUAAGCUAGAUGGAGGGUCGUCAGAGUUCACAGUUGCUAUCACUGCCAUCUCCAGUCUUUCCUUUCUGGCUGAGUUCUGUGAAUUAGAGUUAUCUCCUCCUCGGCCAGGGUAUAGAGUUGUUCUGGGCUAUCCCAUCUCGGCAUUGCAGUAUUACAUAGAGGUGACACUCAUUGGAUAUGUGGAGACACAAGUACAGUCAGUCAGUGGACUCACCUUUAUCACAGAGGAAGGUGAAAUUAAGUCUCAAACAAAAUACCACGGCCCUGUGGAUGAUCACUUCUAUGUCUUGUCUGAGCCUUUCCCAUCUGACCCAUUUUACAUACAGGUGGAUGGAGUUCUCCACUCAGGUCAGGCUUUUAGUCGUAUCUUCCCAACAAUGGUGACAUCAGUUCAAUGUUCAGUGGAGUUGGUGGUGGACAAAUCUGUAAUGGCAGCACAAGCAGGACACGAAGCCACAGCCUACUUCAUAGUGGAGAAUUUUGGUCCAGAUGCAACUUUUGAUCUCUUUGCUACAGAUGAGGAAAAAUUUGUUUCACAUUGGAUUCCCAAGAAGUCAUCCAUUCCUCACAUGGGUUCCAUCAAUGUCACUGUGGUGUACAGGGUGCCAGAAACUGCAGUGCCUGGCCACGUGAGCACCGCAACAUUGACAGCCAAAUCAAGACUCCACGAGUACAACGUGAACUCAGCCAUCUCUCACUUUUAUGUUCUUCCUGAUGUAAUAGAUGAAAAUCCACCAACGUGCAUCAGCAAUGAUGUGACAAACUGUGAAGGCUACAAUACAGCAGAGUCUUGUGCUGGAGGUUGGUGGUCAGCCAAGGCCACUCUUCAGGACAAUGAACUGGGUAUGGAUAAAAUCUACUCCCGUCCAGCAGACAACCUUACUGUGGAUAGUUUUUCUGAGGGCUCAACAUAUCCUAUUAAUGCCACAUUUACCACUUCUUGUUGUGUGCGGAAAGCGGAGGUGAUUGGUCGUGACAGGCUGGGCAAUACUGGGAAGUGUGAAUGGGAUCUCGGUAGUUUCACUGGUCUACUGCUGGAGUUUGUGGUGGAGUCCGUGGGAGAGAGCUGGGUGUACCUGAGGUGGAAUGUUAGUGAAGUUCGAGAUGACUUUGAUAGAUACUCUAUUCUGAUUGAUGAAGAUUACACAGACAGUUCACGCUGCUCCAGCCUUGUGUGCUACAGAAAUGUGACGUAUGUGGAGCCAUGUACUUUGCACACCUUCACCCUCACACCUCACUACAAGAGUAGCGAUGGAGCAGAAACGCAAGGUUCCCCGCAGUACACUGAUGCCGUCACACUGGGUCCUGCUCCUCUACCACCCACCAAUCCCUGCAUUGACUACACUAGCGACACCACAACCAGCCUCUCUUGGACACCCCCCAGUAAUCGUGCUUGCCUCGACCACUACCAAGUGUGCUUCAAGAGGUUUGCUUCAGCAGAGAAGUGGUGUGAGAGUAGUACUAAUAACAGCAUUGCUCUAAAGAGGCUGCAGCCGUGCACUCUUUACCAUAUAAACAUCACUUCGGUCUCCAUUUCUAGCCAGCUUAGUGAAGAUGCCCUUCUCUUUGACACAAACACUGAUGAUGCAGCUCCUGGUGCACCACAGAACCUGAAGAUAAAUAAUCAGACAGAACAUUGGGUGUCAUUGUCUUGGGAUAAUCCACUUGAGAGGGCCACCUGUGUGGACAGAUGGAUGAUUUCCAUUCAUGAUAAUGAAAUAAAAUACCAGGAGAUUGAGAUUCUGGCUGACAAUUAUGCAACAGUUUCUGAUCUCAAGGCCUGCAAAAGCUACACCUUCCUUGUAUCUGCUGUUUCUCCUGAAGAGGCUCAGGGCAGCACAGAGACAGUCAAAACCGUGAUGGAAGAAACAGAGCCAACAACAGUGACAUCAGUGAAGGCCACAGCACUGAAUGCCAGCAGUGUGGAAGUGGUUUGGGUUCCUGCAAUCAUUGAGGAGUGUGUCCACCACUACCUUGUUUGUAUCACUCACCUCACCAGCUUAGUGCAGGAGUGUCACAAUGAUACAGAUCUCCAACAGACCUUCACAGGCUUGGAAGCUUGUGUGGACUAUGAAGUCACAGUCACUCCAGUUUCUCCUUCAGGCAACCUUGGCAGCUUCACCUAUGAUCUGUCCAGAACUACAGAUCUUCGCCCUGGUCCUCCCACCAAUCUCAAAGUGACAGACACUAAUGCUCACUCUGCACUUGUCACAUUUGGACCACCACUGGAACAUCCACUUUGUGUCAUACAGUAUGACAUUGAGGUAGAGGAAAUGGGAAGUGUGAAGUCCAUCAAGACACACUCUGCUAGUGUGCUUCUGCAACAGUUGCUGUCAGGUUUGAAUGCAUGCAGUGACCACGAAGUUCGGAUCUCUGCUGUUACUCCCUCUGGACUUGAAAGCGAAAAGGCAAAUGUUAACUUCACAACAAGUGAGGACACGCCUUCAGCUCCUCGAGCCCUCACCCACAUCACAGUCACUGUGGACCAAGUUGAGCUGCAUUGGUUUGCACCUCUGACCAAUCGCCUGUGUGUUGAUAUGUACAAAGUGUCUUGGACCAGCGGCAGUGACAGUGGCAACACAGACUACACCCCUUCAGGUUACCCACCAGAGGUGAAGAUGGCAGUGAGUGGACUGGAAAGCUGCUCAUCAUACACAUUUACUGUAGUAGCAGUGACACAUUCAGGAGAUGAGGGAUCUCCCACUACACACACUGUCUCUACCACCUGUUAGAAAACUUGGAAGCUCACGAUAAAAAGGAUGCAAUAUCUUUUCAAUAUUACAUAAGGCUAGUUCUCUUUCUGUUAGACAUUUCCUUAACUUUCUUUAUCUUUCUCCUCUAUUUUUUUUGGGGGGGAUAAAAUAUCAUUGACAUUAACUACUCAUUUUAAAAGUUACCAAUAUCAUGAGUGCAUCUUUGAUAGUAUUUAAAAGUACCAACUUGCUAUCACUUUCACUUCAAAACAUUGUGCCUUAGCUAAACACUUCAACUCAUCCCAAACAUUAUAUUAUUCACACAUUAAUGGAAUUAUAAAUAACUUACAAAACUAAUCUUACAACUGCAUGAAAAAUUUAUGCCUUUUUGCAAAACUGACUUGCACAUGAAUGUGUACCUUUGCCUUAUGUUAAGGGAUAAAUAAUACUGCAUGUAACUUAGAAUAAUUUGUCAUUUCUUCAUAGUAUUAUACAACUACACAAACACACUGUAUAGAGCACUUAGUAUAAAUAAUCUUUCAUAAUAAAGAGCACCACUACAGUCAAUAGAACAACCUUUAGUUUCAUGCAUAUAUAAUUUCAUCCAAAUUCCUUAUUUCAUUCAUUAUUACCUGUUUGUUGAGACCUCCCCUAUUUGCAUAGCUGUACAUGUUUACUGAGGUUCCCUAUAGCCCCUACAUUCCCUUGUUUCUCAAAACUUAAGAGUGUGCUUAUAAGAUGUAUCAGCUUAUACUUCAGAUCCCAGCAUCUUUUGUAUCAAAACUAUAUAUAUAUAUCUAUACAUAAUGCAUGCACCUGAUAUUGUUUACAUCUCCUGUAAAAAUUUGUGGUGUUAGAAUUUCCAGCACUAACUUGCAUGUUUGACACUGUUUUACCUUUCCUUCACUACCACUCCUUCUCCAUAAGUUGUAACAAAAUAUUGCUUGAAUUUUAACCCCUUCACUACUGGGACACAUUUUUGCCUUAAGAUUUGUGUACAAUUAGACCAUUUUAUUGACAUUAUAAGAUCUAUGGAGGUCAGAAGAUUGAUGGGCUCAGUCUUCACUAUUUUAAGCCCCCACAUGAGUUUCUGAAUCUGUAUAAAAUCACCAUAGUAAGCAGAAUGAAUAUGGAAAUGCAUCAUGGUACUCAAGGGGUUCAAGAAACUGGGCACAUUUUAAAAAGCAAUCCUAGCAAGUCGUCUUUACAAAUGUCGUGAUCCAUGAGAUGCUAAGAGUGGGCCUAUCCUGUUCUAGCAACUUAUGGCAAACACAGCCAAUAUGAUGGUCCCACAUUUCCAGCUCAUUAAUUAUUUACCCAGAUAGGACAUACUGAAUGAACUUAGUGAUCUGAAAGUCAUCAGAAGAUAUUGUUUAGACUGUAGGUAUUCUCUUUGCUAUUUGAUUUAUGUAGUGAGAGAUGCCUAACAGUGACAUAGAAGGAAAAAAUCCUCAACCCCCUAAAUUAAGGUGUUCAUAACACUUAGAUACCUUGCUGCUGAGAAAAUGCAAUUGUGUAGUAGUGUGCCUUGAGGAUUACUAAGAGAGCCAUCCUUGUCACCAAAUCAUUUGAAUACUAUUAUGUUUAAGGUCUUCCUAUGGGAUCACAUUUACCGCAUUUCAAGGUUUGAAUUGCUAUCUUAUAUACAUAUUGUAUCUCCUCUUAAAAAUAAAGGGAAUAUUUUUAUAAGCUAUAAAAUUUUAAUAAAGGCAGUUUUUGCUUCAUUUUCUUAAUUUUUAAAUGAAAUCAGCAGCACACAUAGCAGACAGCUAUGAUAGAUAGGUCCGCUAGUCAGAAAUUAUGAUAAAUGACAUGAAUAAGCUAUGAUAAGAAUCUGUCAUAGCUAUGACAAAUGCCAUAUAUUAAUUAAAUAUGUUUUCUGAGGUAUAAAAUUUUUAAUGCAGUAGAAUAUUAAUUAUGUGAAGUAGUAUUACAAGUUGCCAGCCACUGUAAUACAGUGAGAUUGCAUGUUCUUUGGGGACCAAGGAUCCUCAGGCACACAGGGAAACAAAAAACUUUUUUUUUUUUUUUAUAAUAUAGCCUAAAGAGCCUGUAGGUCUGGUUGGGAAGCACUGUUCAGCUUCUACCCGUUAGUGGUGCUGGCAAUUUCAUUAAUAGUGGUACCCAUAUCACCACCCAAGUGCAUCUUUGGUGUAAGGCAAUUACACCUCCAUCUAGAACCUGAAUAACAUGUGUGACAUGUAGGUAACUUUAAACCACUCAACAAAUGAUGGAAGUUUCAAGACAGCGUGUGGUGGGAUUCGAACCUAUGCAUAAACGUCUGCCUGAUCCCAUGCUCACCACCUUAUUCACUAUGCCAUUGCCUCCCUGGACAUGAGUGAUGUAGUUUUAGUUAGAAUUAUGUUUCAGUGAUUCUUAAAUAUUUUUGCCAUUGUCUGAUAAAGAAUACAUUCAUUAGACACGCAAACCAAGAUAAAUUCAGAAAAUUCUUACCAACAAAAUCAAUUCUGAGGAGCUAUUAUACAACUUUGUUAUUUUCAUGGGAGAACAAAAUCUAGUUGCAUAUUCCUGGUUGAAUAAGAGGAAUUUUGUCUUCAUAUUCCUUGUGUAUCAUAAAGGGUAGUGAAAACACUUCUAUACAUUUAUUCCUACAGUGACAGUGUAACAUUUUGUUUCAUCUACAUACACAUCUUUUAAGGGGAUCUAAGCCUGAUAUUAAAGUAUGAGAAGGUUAGACGCCAGUCAUGCUUCUCAUCUUUUGAAUUAGUAAACAGGCAAGGCAUCCUGGAAAUAUGUAGUAGACAAAUCUACAUGCACAAAGACUUUACAACAAACUCUGUCAUUCUUUAUGAUAAUAAUAUCCAAGUUACUGAUGAUCUCAAGGUUAUGCAUUACCAAAUCUGGUUAUUGUGUAUCAAAGCAAUAUGUUACACACACAAAUGAUAGAUAACCCUUCUUACAUUUAUGUGAAUCCAGUCAGGAGUGGCUUGAUGCAUGUCAGCUAGUCAUAUGUUUGGGAGUUUGCAGUUAUCUUGAGAUUUUAUUUAGGUGCUAAGGGUUAUUUUGGAGGAUAUGCCUCAUUAACAAAGAAAAAAAAUUGUAUUAAAAGUUGUUAUACAUUA